CCGCCCUCUCGCCAGAAGGAUGGAACGUUACCGGAACCUCGGCGAGAUCGGCCGCGGGACCUAUGGCGUGGUCUUCUCCGCGCAGGACCGCAACACCAACAAAACCGUGGCCAUCAAGCAGGUGAAGCAGGCCUUCCGAUCCUGGGACGAGUGCCUGGCCCAGCAGGAGGUCCAAGUCCUGCGAGCCAUCACCCCGGCCCCCACUUCCAACGACACGGCCACCGGCUGCCAGAACAUCGUCCACCUCCUGCGCAUCACCUACCAACGGGAGACCCUCUUCUUCAUCUUCGAGCACAUGGACUGCUCGCUGCUGGAGUAUGUCCGAGACUACCGGCGCCCGGGCCCGGAUGGGGCCCCGGUCGGCUCGGCCAGCGAGCCCCUCCCGCGGGACCUGGUCCGCAGCAUCAGCCAACAGCUCUUUCGCGGGGUGGCCUACCUCCACUCGCGGGGGUACUACCACCGGGACAUCAAGCCGGAGAACAUCCUGCUGAACCGGCGACCGGACGGACGCGUGGUGGUCAAGCUGGCGGACUUCGGCCUGGCGCGGACCAUCGCCGAGUCGGGGCCCGGCAAGCCGGUCGCCGGGGCCGGGGCCACGACCACCGGGCCCGGGCGGCCGCCGGGCACGGCCCCGCGCCCGCUGACCGACUACAUCGCCACCCGGUGGUACCGGUCGCCGGAGCUCCUGCUCCGGGCGCCGAAUUACGGCCCGGCCAUCGACAUCUGGGCCACCGGCUGCGUGCUGUACGAGGUGCUGACCCGGGUGCCGCUGCUGGCCGGCCGGCAUGAGCUCCACCAGCUGCAGCUGAUUGUGGAGAUGUUCGGCUGCCCGCUGGCCGGCGGGGCCACCUGCUCGCCGAACUACUGGGCCGAGGCCGGGGACCUGGCCGCCGGGGCCGGGGUGGCCUUCGUGUCGGCCGAGGCCGCCGGCCGGACGGGCUCGCAUGCGGCGGCCCCCGGGCCCGGCACCGUGGCCAAUUGGCCCAGCGGCUGGACGGUCGUCCGCCGGCCGGGGACCAUGUGCCGGCUGCGGCAUGAGGAGGCCACGCGCGGCGGCGGGCCCGUGGGCGGCCUGGCCGGCGAGGUGGCGGCGGCGGCGGCGGCCAUUGCCGCCGGGCAGCCGGCCCGGCCGGAUGACGGCCGUACCCCGGAUGCCUGUCUGGCCUUCGAGCUUCAGGCUCGCUUCCCGCGGCUGGCCCUGGACCGGGACCUCCUGCGGCUGGUGGGCGACUGCCUGUGGCUGAACCCGGACCACCGGAUCACCGCGGCCCGGGCCCUGCACCAGCUGACAUCCCUGGUGCGGGAGACCGUGCCGGGGGCUGUGGCCCCGGCGGUGGCCGGGCCCCUGGCCCCGGCCCCGGGGCCGGUGGCGGCCGCGAGUGCGAUCGCCUCGGCGCCCGUGCCGGGCAAGGCCCCCCCGGCGGCCGUGGCGGUGCAUCACGCGCGCGUGGUGGCCCACAAGCCCGGGCCCCUGCCGCACGCGGCCCCGGCGGUCAUGGUGCCCGGCGGGGCCCGGCAUGGCCGCGCGGCGCAUGGAGCCCUGCAGGCCGCGGUCGACCCGUACUCGCCAUCGCCCCUGCGCCGGCUGGCGGCCGAUAGCCUGCUCGGGACCCCCGGGCCACGGGACUCGCCGGAUGGGCGGAGUCCCCGAGCCCCCCCGGGAGCCGGGGCCGCCGCCGCCGCCGCCGGCGACGGCCCGGGGCCGGAGCACCCGCUCUCCCCCGGCCCCGGGCCGCGCAUCUUCCCCAACGUGCGUCGGGUGCUGAACUUCGACUCGCCAGCGCCGGCCGGUCCGGCGGGCCAGGUCACGGGAAUCCCCGCUGGCAGCCCGGCCGAGCGCCUUUUCCUGCUGGGCUCCGCGCCGAAGCGUUUGCGCCUGUGCUCGGCGGCGGCGGCGGCGGCGGCGGCGACGACGACGGCGACGCCGACGCCGACGUCCACCACGGCCACGCCCGGGCCGACCACGGCCAGCCUCCGCCCGGGUUCCAGCAUGGCGUUGGCGCUGGCGGCGGCGCGGUCGCCGCCGGGCACGGCCCUCGGCCCGCUGGCCCCGGGGUCCGCCGGGGCGUCGGGCUCGCCGCCGCUCUCGGGAUCCGGCAUCCGGCGGCCCUUCACGCCGCUGCCUCUGGAGCAGCCCCCGCGCCAGGCCAUGCUCGGCAGCGGGUCGCCGCUGCACGCCUUCCUCCACCACCUGCCCACCGAGGGGGGGCCUUCCUCGGGGCCGAGCUCGCGCGGGGCGUCGGCCUCUUCGUCGGCCGCCGGGGGUGGCUACUCCUCAACCGGCGGCGGACCGAGCGGCGGCGGCGGCGGCGGCGGGUCCUCCAGUCCGGUGCUCCUGUCGCGGCCGGGGUCCAUGCGCGGCGGGCCGCUGGUCAUGUACCCGGCCGAGGCCGGGGCCCUGGCCGGCGGGCAGAACGACGAAAAUGCGCGGCCCUUCUCGCGCGUGGGGCUGCUCUCGCCGCCGGCCGGGCUGUCGCCGGGCGCCGGCGGCCCGGGCGAGGAUGCCCUCCGUCGGGCGGUUCUCCUGCGCGCCGGGGCCGAAGCCGGUCGCGGGAGUCCCGGCCUGCCGAAGGCGGCCGUGGUGGCCGCCGGGCCCAACGCAUCGGCGGCCGCCGCCCUGCGCGAGCUCCCGGCCGGCAACCGAGCCACCUUCCAGGCCUUCUCGGCUGCACACCUGCACCUGCACCUGCACCACCACCAUCACCACCACCACCAAGCGCCCGGCAAGUACCUGCCGGCCGCGGCGACCUCCAGUUCCCAGUCGCUGCAGCCGUCUGGCUCGACCGAGGCUGGUGUGUGAGUGUUCUUCUGUAUUUUUGUCCCCCCCCCCCCCUCUCCCUCCUUCCUCCACCCUCGCCUGCCCCCUGUCUUCCUCUUCCGGGCCUGCCCUCUUGGGGGGGGGGCCGCGCCGCCGGCCUUCCCUCCGAACAAUAUACCCUCCGCCCGCGAGCUGCCGCGAUACUCGCCAGCUCCGCGCAUCCUCUCCCCCGGCAAAGACGUCCGCUAUGGUGGUGGCUGCGCGCGCGUGCAUGCGUCCA